AUGAAGGUUCUAGUUCCUGUGAAGCGCGUAGUGGAUUAUGCCGUUAAAAUUCGCGUUGAGCCUUCAGGAGUUGAUCUUAAGAAUGUAAAAAUGAGUAUGAAUCCCUUUUGUGAGAUCGCUGUUGAGGAGGCUAUUCGUCUGAAGGAGAAAAAGGUAGCGACUGAAGUCGUAGCUGUAUCUAUUGGCCCUAAACAGAGUCAAGAGACGUUGCGUACGGCUCUUGCUAUGGGUGCAGACCGUGGCAUUCAUAUCUCUACGGACAUGCGCACGGACCAGGAAUUGCAGCCACUGGCUGUAGCGAAGCUUCUGAAAGAGAUUGUGAUCAAAGAGGAUCCGAAACUUGUGAUUUGUGGUAAGCAAAGUAUUGAUGCUGAUGCUGCUCAGACAGGUCCAUUACUUGCUGGUCUGCUGGAUUGGAGUCAAGGUACAUUUGCCUCAAAAGUUGCGAUUGAAGGUGAAAGUGCUCACGUCACUCGUGAGACUGAUGCUGGUAUCGAGACGCUUAAACUUUGUCUACCUGCUGUGGUGACUGCUGAUUUGCGUUUGAAUGAACCACGCUAUGCUACACUUCCAAACAUUAUGAAAGCCAAGAAGAAAAAGAUUGAGAUUCUUGAUGCUGAGAGCUUUGGUGUAGAUCUCACCCCACGCAUCGAAAUUGUGGAAGUCAAGGAACCUGCUUCACGUAAAGCUGGGAUUAAAGUGACUAGUGUAGAUGAACUUGUCGACAAGUUGAAAAAUGAGGUUGGUGUGAUUUAG